AUGGGGCCAUCGCUGAUUUAUGUCACAUUAAUAUUUUUCAAUAUUUUCAAUGGAAGUAAAACACAAAUCAUUCCUACAGAUGUCUGUGACUCAGAAGAUCUGGACGCGUGGAUUCAAUGGUACAGUGAUGUUUAUAAAUUUGCCAAGACCAAUAAAGAUGUCUAUAAACAUUUGCACGAAUUAGAGGCACAAUUACAAACAAUUAAAUCACAAUUGUCGGAAGUUAAUUCGAAAUUAGAUCAGCUACAGGAAAAUAUUCAUGGUGAAAUUAUCAUACAGCGGCGCAUGGAUGGUUCCGAGGAUUUUUAUAGGCCAUGGGAGGAUUACAAACGUGGAUUCGGUAACAAAAGUGGAGAAUUUUUCAUUGGACUAGAACGAUUGCAUAAACUCACCAAUAGUAGACCCUAUGAACUGUUGGUGGUCCUUGAGGAUUUCGAUAAUGAUCGUCGCUAUGCCAAAUAUGAUAAUUUUGUAGUGGCCAGUGAAAAGGAAAAAUAUAAACUACAAAGUUUAGGUCAAUACAAUGGCACAGCUGGUGAUUCACUAACCUGGCAACUGGGUCAAAAAUUCACCACCAAAGAUCAGGAUAAUGAUACAGAUAAUAAUAACAAUUGUGCCCAAUUAUACACAGGCGCUUGGUGGUAUAGAAGCUGUCACGCCAGUAAUUUAAAUGGCAGUUAUUUAAAGGGUGCAACUACAGUCUAUGCGAAAGGAGUUGUCUGGCAGUCUUUUAGAGGCCAUUAUUAUUCGUUGAAAUUUGUUGAGAUGUCAAUACGACCAAAAUGA